AUGAACUUUGAUAAUUUUACUCCAAUUGAAGAAACAAACAUUAAUUCCAAUAUUAAAAGCAGCAAUGGGAUAACUGUUUUCAUUCCAAGUGGUUAUUUCCCGAUUUUGGUACGAAACAAUGAGAAUGUUAGUUCAAAAGACAUGAUUAAGGAAUUGCCUAGAUUAAAUAUAAAAAUCCCGGCAUUUAUUUUAAAUACAACAGUAAACACAUCUUAUAAUGAGAAAACACUAAAAAAAUCUCCGAAUGCUUUUAUGAUAUUUCGAAGUAAUAUAUGUCAUGUAGUUAAAAAUAAGUUCAGUCAUUUAAGCAAUCAUCAAGUAUCAAAGUUAAUCGGACAAUUAUGGAGUAUGUUAGAUCCAGAAGUCAAAAAAGAGUAUCAACAACAAGCGGAAAACCUUAAAAAAGAUCAACAAAAACAGAAUAAUG